GCGCCCAUAGUAGCUCAUUACGCCCAACAUGUCGAACCAGAUUAUCAGCAAAAAGCGCAAGUUCAUCGCCGACGGUGUGUUCUAUGCCGAACUCAACCAGUUCUUCACCUCUGAGCUCGCAGAGGAAGGUUACUCCGGCACUGAGGUCCGCGUGACUCCUGCACGUACAGAGAUUAUCAUCCGUGCCACCCACACCCAAGAGGUGCUCGGAGAGAAGGGUCGUCGUAUCCGCGAAUUGACAGCUUUGGUGCAGAAGCGUUUCAAGUUCCCAGAGAACACUGUUGAGCUGUACGCCGAGAAGGUCCAGAACCGUGGUCUCUGCGCUGUUGCUCAAUGCGAGUCUCUCCGUUACAAGCUCCUUGCUGGUCUUGCUGUUCGUCGUGCCGCUUACGGUGUCGUCCGUUUCAUCAUGGAGUCUGGUGCCAAGGGUUGUGAGGUUGUCAUCUCUGGUAAGCUGCGUGCUGCGCGUGCCAAGUCUAUGAAGUUCAUUGAUGGAUUCAUGAUUCACUCUGGUCAGCCAGUCAACGACUUUAUCGACACAGCGACCAGGCACGUGCUCCUUAGGCAAGGUGUUCUCGGUGUGAAGGUUAAGAUUAUGAAGGGAUCUGACCCAGAGGGUCGUGCAGGUGUCAACAAGAUUCUGCCUGAUGCCGUGACUAUCAUCGAGCCCAAGCCAGAGAAGUCGAUUGAGUCGCCUUACACUGAUGACCAGCGGCCAGAGGCACAGGUCCAGGCGCAGCAACAGCAACAGCAGCAGCAGCAGCCGCAGGAGGGUGACGAGUCCGCCGCUCAAGUCGUUGCUCAGUAA